UUUCAUGGUAUAACUUUGGUAUGCUUGGAGUCUUCAAACUUGACAUGAAGGUUGGCCAGGAUUAACAGAUGACCACUGGUCAUUUCAAGGUCAUUCAUUUGAAGGUCAAGGUCACUGUGACCUUCAAUAUAAAAAAUGUUAAAGUUGUUAUAACUUUGGUAUGCUUGGACCUAGAGUCUUGAAACUUGACAUGAAGGUUGGCCAUAACUAGUUAGUAACCACUGGUCAUUUCAAGGUCAUUCAUUUGAAGGUCAAGGUCACUGUGACCUUGAAUGUAAAAAUGUUAAAGUUCUUAUUUCAUGGUAUAACUUUGGUAUGCUUGGACCUAGAGUCUUCAAACUUGACAUGAAGGUUGGCCAGGAUUAACAGAUGACCACUGGUCAUUUCAAGGUCAUUCAUUUGAAGGUGAAGGUCACUGUGACCUUCAAUAUAAAAAUGUUAAAGUUGUUAUAACUUUGGUAUGCUUGGACCUAGAGUCUUGAAACUUGACAUGAAGGUUGGCCAGAACUAGUAAGUAACCACUGGACAUUUCAAGGUCAUUCAUUUGAAGGUCAAGGUCACUGUGACCUUGAAUGUAAAAAUGUUAAAGUUCUUAUUUCAUGUUAUAACUUUGGUAUGCUUGUACCUAGAGUCUUCAAACUUGAAAUAAAGAUUGGCCAGUACUAGAAGAUGACCACUGGUCAUUUCAAUGUCAUUCAUUUGAAGGUCAAGGUCACUGUGACCUUAAAUGUUAAAAUGUUAAAAUUGUUAUAACUUUGGUAUGCUUGGACAUAGAGUCUUCAAACUUGACAUGAAGGUUUGCAAGCACACUUAGAUGACCACUGGUCAUUUCAAGGUCAUUCAUUCUAAGGUCAAGGUCACUGUGACCUUGAAUGUAAAAAUGUUAAAGUUCUUAUAACUUUGGUAGGUAAAAAUACUGAAAGCAAAACAAUAAAUAGUAUUAUUUCAUCUAAGUUUAUUUUGUUACAUUUGAUAAUGAAAUUGAUGGAAACUUCAAACAAUAUGUUACUAAUUUGCUAAUAAAAAAAUUGAGAUCAAACUUUCCUAAUUGUCAAUUCAAGUUCAUAUUUGUGACCUUAAAUGUUAUUGUUGUUCAUGUAUAUGCAUGCAUUCAAAACAUAACACAAGGUUUGCUCAUGCCUUGAAAAGUACUUACAUUUCAUUUUGACCUUUGAACAAUAUUUCAGUAAUUUAAGUAUUGCAUUGACAAAAACACGAAAGGUACUUUCCUGUCAUUUAAAUAAAAAAUCCGGCUUCAAUGCGGUCAUCUCCGACCGCGGAACUCUUGUAAUAAGUUUUGCAACAUUGUAACGUAAUGAACUAAAAUGGAUUAUGUUGAUAUCAACAGUCGUUUAAAUGUUUACUGUUUUUGUAAACAUUUUUGAGAAAACACGAAAUGCCACCAUUUAACCGUGAUACUCAUAGUUUCUAUAAAUGAUGUAAUUAUUUCAUUUCUUUAUACUUAAACAGUUCAAAUGUCAAGUCCUAAGCUUCGUAUGAUUACAGUAUUUGUCAUCAAUAUAAAGUUAAACUUAUUAUGCUGAUGUGCAAUGAUUGGCAUCAUUGCGUUUUCUAACUAAUUUGCAUGGUUAUAUAUUUUAUUUAAGCGUGUGGAAUAUUUUACAGAUUGUAGGGAAUUGUAAUUGCAAACUUUUCAUUUUAAUCUUGAGGCAAAGCAUGAAUUUUCCUUGUGUAUUCAUUCAUGUAUAUUUGUGAUUUAUUUACACAGACAUUCGCCAACUCUGUUUUCAAAGGUGCCAAAUUUUCUUGUGAUCGUUUUCGCCAUGCAUUGUUGAGAGACUUGCAGAAGAUGGAUGUUCAACAGCUGUAUCAUCAUCUAGGCUCAAAUGACAUUCUUACGAAUGAAGCGGUGUUUUACCGAGAUGUAGCUGACUUGUGCGAUUUGGUGCAUCAGGAGGCGCACAAUCGGUGUCCAGAAUGCAGGGUUGUUUGCUCCAACGAAGACGCUUUGCUGAGCCACUUCUGCAGUCGCCACAUCAAGCAACCAGAGACUGGAAAAGAGAGUAAAAUUAAGCUGAUAGGCUCACCAAUGAUUGCAUCUGCUAAUCAUGAACUCAACGAAGUCAGCUCAAGGAAGUGGAAGGCAUGCUUGGAAAAUAGAAGUUUCCAUUAUGAAGGAACAUACAAACAUUUCCCACCCACCAUGUGGAUCAAGAUGUUUGGGCUGAUGAUUCUGGGUCGUAUGUGUGGACAAGGUGGUCUUCAUUACAUCAUGAUGCAGCUGUGUAUUCAACAACAUGUUAACCUGUCCCAGCGGAUGUUGAUGCUCUUAAAUGAUGUUGAGAACAAUCCAGGACCGGAGUAUUCGUGCAAAUGGAUAUCCUGCAAGGAAGACUUCCACUCCAUAGGACAGCAAGAUGCACAUAUCAUCUCUCAUGUGGUUCAAGAGAAAUGCUGUAGAUGGGGAGACUGUACCAAAGUCCUGAGCUUUAAUAGUCUUGAAAUCCAUGAACUUAAACAUCUCUAUGAUGUGAGUUUAGCACUGUGUAUGAACUGGUGUUGCUUCAUUUUCUGCAUAUCUUUAUCUCAGUCUCAGUUUUGAUGGUCAAAUACAUAUUGUCUGCCAGUUUUUUUCCCCCAAUACUGCCGUUCAUCGUUUGCUUGCAUCAAGAGUUUUAAAAGAAAUUAAAACUCAUUCGUUUAGUUAGAAUCUUAUGAAAGACUUAAAUGGCCAUGUUUAAUACAAUUGUAUAACAACAUAUACGAGCUAAAAAAAUAGUUGGAAUAAUUAAUGUAUAUAUGAACAUAACAAAUUUACUUAAAAUCAUAGGUCUUGUUUUUGUCUGCCACUAUAAGAACCAGAACAUAUUUCGGACAUUCGAGGAUUGACUUGCUGUGUUAGAGGAUCAUCAGGUGAUGGAAGAAACCAGGCUUUUUUCGACUCAAUGUUGAUGAAACCUGAUCGACAUGCUCAUCUUGGUUGAGUAAGCCUUGGUUGAGUGUGUCCAAAAAGUAGGUAACCUGGUGAAAUCUUAGGAAAACAUUGUAACCAGAUCCAGGUUUAUUUGACUGACAGACCGAUGGACAGUGGGUCAACCGUAAAUCCCUUCAUGUGAAAACGGUAGGGACAAAAUAAAUAUCACAUUGCUCUUCUGAGUUCAUUUGUAAACCAAGUUUUAUCACAAAAUUAAAAUGGUCAAUGUAUUAUUUUGUGUAUUUAAAAAUUAUGUGAAUAUUAAGUUUCAUGAAAUCUUACUGAGUUUUCUCAAUUUUAGCUACUAUUCGGACAUGGACUGACGGACAAAUGGGCAACAAUGUCGCAAUUUGUAUACCAAGUUUUAUAAGAAUUGUUUCAUAAAAGUAACCAAUGUAUGUUCUAUGUCAAGGUAACUACUAGGAUGAAAUACACAAAAAGAUUUUGGUUCACAAUAGGGUAGGCUCCGCGUGCCGUCAACCGGGCAACAGCUUUUGUCAUUUAACAUUUGUGUUUUAAUGGCAUAAGCUGGCAGAUACCCUUUAACUUUAACGAUGUUUUCCGAUAAUUUCUCGGAAAAUACAAUCUAGCAAUUUUGAUUUAAUUUAGAUUACUAAAAAUUAAUAUUAUAUUUAUGCCCCCCUUGGAAGAAGAGGGGUAUAUUGUUUUGCACAUGUCAGUUGGUUGGUCCACCAGAUGGUUCCCUGAUGAUAACUCAAGAACGCUUUGGCCUAGGAUCAUGAAACUUCAUAGGUUUAUUGAUCUCGAAAUAGUAAAAUGGUUUCCGGAUGAUAACUCAAGAACGCUUACGCCUAGGAUCAUGAAACUUCAUAGGUACAUUGAUGAUGACUCGCAGAUGACCUCUAUUGAUUUUCAGGUCACUAAGUCAAAUGUCAAGGUCACAGUGACUCGAAAUAGAAAAAUGGUUUCCGGAUGAUAACUCAUAAAUGCUUACGCCUAGCAUCAUAAAAUAAAAAAAUCAUAGGUACAUUGAUAAUGACUGGCAGAUGACCCCCUUCAUAGGUACAUUGAUAAUGACUGGCAGAAGACCCCUAUUGAUUUUCAGGUCACUAGGUCAAAGAUUAAGGUCAUAGUGACUCAAAACAGUUUAAUGGUUUCCUGUUGAUAGCUCAAGAAUACUUAGGUCUAUGAUCAUGAAACUUCUCAAGUACAUUGAUCAUGACUGGCAGAUGACCCCUAUUGAUGUUCAGGUCACUAGGUCAAAAGUCAAGUUCACAGUGACAAAAACGUAUUCACAAUGGCUGCCACUACAACUGACAGCCCAUAGGGGGGCAUGCAUGUUUUACAAACAGCCCUUGUUCUGUGUUAAAAUUAUGUACACGUCUGCGUUAAAUAAAUAUGUUCACAUUUGAAAUAAAGCUAAAAAUGUG